CUUAACUGCAACCGCGUUGGAUUGUUUUUUCUGACUACGAUUUCAUCGAGAAGUAAACAAAUCAGUCUAUUUGUUUUGCUUGAAUUUGCGAAUUGAAUUGAUCAAUUUCAAGUAAAUUCUUCAACAGAAUUCUAAUGGCAUCUGUCGCUGAUCCAUUAACUCUCGAAAGGGAUGUUAAACGUGCCAUAGAACUCUUGGAAAAGUUACAAAAAAGUGGUGAGUUGCCUAAUCAAAAGUUAGCUGCUCUGCAAAAAGUUCUCCAGAGUGAUUUUUGUACUGCUGUCAGAGAAGUGUAUGAACAUGUUUAUGAAACAGUUGAUAUAUCUGGUAGCCCUGAUAUUAGAGCUAGUGCAACAGCUAAAGCUACAGUUGCUGCAUUUGCAGCCAGUGAAGGCCACGCCCAUCCAAGAGUUGUUGAACUUCCAAAAACAGACGAAGGUCUUGGUUUUAACGUGAUGGGAGGACGUGAACAAAAUUCACCUAUAUAUAUCUCGAGAAUCAUUCCUGGAGGUGUUGCUGAUCGCCAUGGUGGAUUGAAGAGAGGAGAUCAAUUAUUGUCUGUCAAUGGAGUAAGUGUGGAAGGUGAAAAUCAUGAAAAGGCUGUAGAAUUAUUAAAAGCAGCACAGGGGACUGUGAAAUUAGUUGUACGCUACACACCUAAAGUAUUAGAAGAAAUGGAACUUAGAUUUGAUAAACAGAGAGCCCUGCGUAGACGCCAAAAUCAUUGAGUUUAUUUAAAACAUUGGUGUUCUUUUAUUUUAUCUCGUAGAUCAUAAUACAGAGGGAAGGUGGAUAGUCUAACUGUUAAUUCAAAUUUAGAUAAACCAUAUCUGUGUUACAGAGCAUUUUUUUUUCUUUUCAUAUUUCAUAAUGCAAAAAUAUGUACUUUUAUUUAAAUGUAUUUACUAUUUUAAAUGUAUAUAAGAAGUAAGCUAAUUUAACUGCUUUAUAUUUUAACUGAAAUUCCGAGAAAUUGUAGUCUUUAAUUGAUUCUUACCAAAUAUCUUUUAAAUUUUGUCAUUGUUAUUCAAUUGCAAAUAUUCCAUUUAUUAAAAAAAUUUAGCUGUAAAUUAUAAAGAUUGGGUUUUUAAAAGUUUAAAUAAUUAAUUCCAUUUUAACUAUUUAACUGUUAAUAUAAUUUUUACAAUUUUAAUGAAUUUCUUCAAAGUUUAGAACCUUUAUCUUUUAUGUAAUCAGAAUUUAUUCCAGAAUUUGAAAAGAAAAGUUAUUAAUAGAAAAAUGUGUUUCAUUUACCGAUUUGUUAAUGUCUUGUAAUAUAUUAUAUUGACUGUAUGAAAUUAUAUAAGUAUUUAAUAAAUGUUACCAUUCUGGCAGCAACUUUCAUGAAUUAAAUUAGCUAUAUCUUAAAAAUUUAUAUUUUAGGCUUUAUGUUGUGUUUUUUUGAAGAUUUAGAUAUUUAUUUGAUGUAGCUAUUCAACUGCUUCUCUAGGAGAUUUUC